AUGGCUUCUCUCAUGCGCCAGUCUUGCCUCUCUGCUUUUCGGACGCCGCUCGCGACGAGGAAUGUCGCCGGUGUCUCCCGGGUCGUGGCCUUCCACGCCUCUGCGAGGCGACAGAUUCUGCCUCCUGAGCCUCAGACUAUCCAGGGAACGAUGAACGACCCGGCUCCUAUUCCUCCGCCUCAUCCUUCGCACGGUAGCUACCACUGGACAUUCGAGAGGCUGGUCUGCGUUGGUCUGGUCCCCAUCACCAUUGCUCCGUUCGCUGCCGGCACCCUCAACCCUACCAUGGAUGCUGUUCUCUGCUCUCUCCUCAUUCUUCACUCUCACGUCGGAUUCCAGGCCUCCAUCAUCGAUUACUUCCCCGCCCGCCGUGUCCCCAAGACUGCCACAUUCCUCAACUGGCUUCUGCGCGGGUUCACACUCACCACUGCCAUUGGUCUGUACGAAUUUGAGACGAACGAUGUCGGUUUGACUGAGGCCAUCAAGCGCAUUUGGAAGGCAUAG